AUGAGCCAGAAGGGCGACUUCGCAGCUGUCCGCAAGGAUAUCGUCAAGCUUCUUCAUCAACCUGGCUAUGAUGAUGGAAGCGCUGGCCCCAUCCUCGUCCGGCUGGCUUGGCACUCCUCUGGGACUUACGAUGCCGAAACAGACACCGGCGGAUCAAAUGGCGCUGGCAUGCGCUACGAAGCCGAAGGUGGCGACCCUGCCAAUGCCGGCCUUCAACAUGCGCGCGUAUUUCUCGAAUCCGUAAAGGAGAAGCACCCGUGGAUCACAUACGCCGACCUCUGGACAUAUGCUGGUGUUGUAGCUCUCGAGGAAAUGGGCGGCCCCGCAGUCCCAUGGAAAGGAGGUCGCACAGAUUAUGUCGAUGACAGCAAAAUUCCCCCUCGAGGACGGCUUCCCGACGGCGCCCAAGGCGCAGACCACCUCCGUUGGAUAUUCUACCGCAUGGGGUUCAACGACCAGGAAAUCGUCGCGCUCUCAGGAGCACAUAAUCUCGGACGUUGUCACGCCGACCGAUCGGGAUUUGAUGGUCCGUGGGUCAAUAAUCCAACGCGGUUCUCGAAUCAGUACUUCCGAUUACUCCUCUCCCUACAGUGGAAGAAGAAGACAUUGCCGAACGGGGUGCAGCAGUUUGUGAACUAUGAUGAGGACACCGAAACCGAGCUGAUGAUGCUGCCAACGGACAUUGCCCUGACCCAAGAUCCGAGUUUCCGCAAAUGGGUGGAAAUAUAUGCUCGGGAUAAGGAUAGGUUCUUUGCCGAUUUUGCCAAGGUUUUUGAGAAACUGCUUGAGCUAGGCAUUAAGAGAGAUGAGAAAGGAACGAUCACGAAUACGGAUAAUGUGAAGGGCGGUUAUCACUCUGCGCCAAAGAAGAAGAACACUCCAGGAAGUCCAGCGAAGAGCUCGGAUGAUAAAGUGGAUGUGAGCGAAGCGGAGCCAUUGAAAGAUGCGAAUAAAAAGUUCCGAGCGCGGCUGUGA